CUUCACAUCUUGUGGCAUUGGAGUAACAAAAUCCGCAAGUGGGAGUCAUGGCCAUGGAAACAACAAGAGUGAGAAAAAGUGUUAUGAUACUUCUACUCUACCUGACUUUGUCUGCCAUUUCUCUAACUCAAUGUGAUGCAGAUAGAUCAAUGAGGGUAUUAAGAGGCCUGAAAGAUAAAAGAAAUUCAACCAAGAACAAAAACCCAAAGAAGUUGAAAACAGUUAAAAAUUUAGUUGAGAAUCCAACCGUUUUCUCAUCGAACGUAGAACCCUAUAGCCUUAGCUCGCCAUUCUCUUUGCCCCCUUAUGAAUCACUGGCUCCAAUUCCACUGCCAGAAAACAGCCCUCCAUUUUGUGUGUUCCCACCACCAGGCACUCCUCCUUCCACCACCAUCCCAACCCCCACAGGCUUUCAACCCACAACGCCGUCACCACCUGACUUUUACACUUCACCAGUUAUCCCAACCCAAAACCCCCCUCCAAACCCCCUAAUCAUAACACCAGGCCCACCCACCAUCACCCCGGGCUCGCCUGAGCCCGUGCUCAAUCCUCCCAUCAUUAUCCCAAGUCCACCAGAUACCUCAAUGGGCCCACCUUACUUCGAGCCCAGCCCACCCUACUUUGAGCCCAGCCCACCCUACUUUGAGCCCACCCCACCUUUCAUAAUCCCUUCCCCCACAGGUGGCAUUAUCCCAGGCCCACCAAGCACUGUGCCAUCCCCAACUGAAGGCAGUGUCCCUGGCCCAGGUGUGUUUCAGCCCCCUGUGGUGUACCCUCCACCAAGUGUGCCACCACCACCGAACUAUGCCCCAAGGAUCACCUUGUGGUGUGUGGCUAAGCCCUCAGUCCCAGACCCAAUCAUCCAAGAGGCCAUGAACUAUGCCUGCUGGUCUGGAGCAGAUUGCACCUCAAUUCAGCCCAAUGGGCCCUGCUAUGAGCCCAAUACUGUUUAUGCACAUGCUUCAUAUGCUUUCAAUAGUUAUUGGCAACGGACUAAAGGUGCUGGAGGCAAUUGCGAGUUUGGAGGGACAGCCAUGCUAGUUGCUGUUGACCCCAGCUUCGAUGGGUGUCACUUCAUCUACAACUGAUAGAUGUGUUUUUGCCCUAACAAUGCAACUUUUGAAUCCCCCAAUGUUUGAAGAGUGAAGACUCUCUUUUCAUAAUCUCCUUUUUUUGCUGUGCUAAUAAGUUACAUAUGUAUGAAUGUUACAGUGAAUUAAACGCAGAGAUUUUGCAUUUUGUAAGUAAUGUAUAUCACAUUGUAAUUUCUCCUCACCGUUUGAUUAAAUUAACUCCUUUACUACCACCAAAAAGAUAACCUUGUACAAC